UCCGCCCCUUGGUGCCAGGUCCGCCACGAGCGAAGGAUUUGGGAACACAGGGCGGCUGCUGCGGUGCCCCCAUCUCCUCCCCUUCCCAGAGCCGCAGUCGUCCCGGAGCCGUCCGCUGCUUCCAGCCGGUCCGCGUCCCUCUCCUCCCUUCCCUCCCCCCGCCUGCCGCGGCGCCGGUAUCCGCAGCGGCAACCCCGAGCCGGUGAGGCGGCGGAGGGGGGAGGGGGAGGAAGCAAGGGAUGAGCGCCGGGAGCGCGUCGGGGGCCCUGAGCCGGACUAGGACGCCCCUGAAGCCAGAACCGGAGCCGGAGCCGAAACCAGAAGCACACCACCGCUGCAGCCCCCUAACCCCAGGAGGCACCCUGGCCCGCGCUCGCCCUCCAGGGCCUCAUGUCGGAACCACAGCCUGACCUGGAACCGCCCCAGCAUGGGCUGUAUAUGCUCUUCCUGCUUGUGCUGGUCUUCUUCCUCAUGGGCCUUGUAGGCUUUAUGAUCUGCCACGUGCUUAAGAAGAAGGGCUACCGCUGCCGCACCUCGAGGGGUUCAGAGCCUGACGAUGCCCAGCUCCAGCCUCCUGAGGACGAUGACGUGAAUGAGGACACAGUAGAGAGGAUUGUUCGCUGCAUCAUCCAAAAUGAAGCCAAUGCUGAGGCCUUGAAGGAGAUGCUGGGGGAUAGUGAAGGAGAAGGGACAGUGCAGCUGUCCAGCGUGGAUGCCACCUCCAGCCUCCAGGACGGAGCCCCCUCGCAUCAUCACACAGUGCACCUGGGCUCUGCAGCCCCUUGCAUCCACUGCAGCCGCAACAAGAGGCCCCCACUUGUCCGUCAGGGACGUUCCAAGGAAGGAAAGAGCCGUCCCCGGCCUGGGGAGACCACCGUGUUUUCUGUGGGCAGGUUCCGGGUGACACACAUUGAGAAGCGCUAUGGGCUGCAUGAGCAUCGCGAUGGCUCCCCCACAGACAGGAGCUGGGGUUCUUGUGGGGGGCAGGACCCAGGAGGUGGUCAAGGGUCUGGGGGAGGGCAGCCCGGGGCAGGGACACCUGUCAUUGAGAACCUGCCCCCUGAGAGGCCCCAGGCCCUUGCCACCCCACCAGUACAGAAUGGAGGACUCAGGGACAGCAGCCUAGUCCCUCGUACACUUGAGGGGAACCCUGGAGCCUCUUCAGAGCCAACACUGGGGGCCAGAGGGAAAGACCCAAGCCCAGGGCCCACCAGUCAGGAGGCAAAUGGACAGCCAAGCAAAUUGGACACCUCUGACCACCAGGUAUCCUCCCCACGAGGAACAGGAGGUGUGUGAGCCUCAUUCUUCUUUGUGCUGACUGAUUGACUACCAGCUGGCAGGGCCAGGGAAUGGGUGGGCUUGAAGCCUCUCCUUUCCACUGGACAGCACUGCCCUCCUGCUGAGGGACCAGCCCUACUUCCACCUGGAGUUGCAUGGUCUCAGGCUGGGGGAUCUCAGGAGAAGUACCCCCCAGCCCCCAUCUCUGUCUCAUCCCCCUCCCCUGCCUGCCAACAGGCUGCCUAACCUGCCUUCCCUAUCAUCUCGCUCCAUAUGCUAGAGCGUGACAGCUGGGAGCAGGCCCCUGCCCUUGGCGGGCCUCUAAAGCAAUAGCACCUUAGGCCCCCUGCCCUCUUGGCACAAGAGGUCCAGGCCCUGGCUUGGGCUUUGUGCCCUUUAUUCACUGUCAAUAAAUCCGCUCAGACCAUUACAGCUGCUUCGCAUACUGGCUCCAGCUCCUUCUAACAGCCCCCAACCACAGUGACCCUGGCAUCUGGAGUGGGGUGGGCCACAGAGCCAGGGUGGAUACACAGAUGGGCUGGAGCCACUCAAGACUUUUGGGGAUGGGUUCUAGCCCCAGAGAUUUCAGCGUAUUGAACCACCCUAGAAAUAGGGUGGUAGCAAAAGAGAGUAGUUCCAGCCCUAGAGAUAGAAAGAUGAUGGGGAAAAAGAAGUGGGUUCUGGCCCCCAAAAUGGGGAAAGGGGAAGUUUCUCUCCCUGAAGGUGAGAGUAGA